AUGGCGUGCCAACGCUCUACUGCUGCUGUUGCCUGGGUCGCAUCACAACAAGGACGCGUGGUGUUUACCUAUUUAGACGAUUUCAUCGGCGUGUCUCCGGCCUUUAACGCACAAACGGAUUUUCAGGCCCUUAGCGAGUUAUUGUCUUCACUCGGGUUACAAGAAUCUUCAGAAAAAGCAUGCCCGCCCUCUCCAGUUAUGAUUUGUUUAGGUGUCGAGUUGAACACAGACGCAUUAACUCUUUCGGUGAGCCCUGGGCGACUCUGCGAACUUGAACAAUUGCUUGAGCAAUGGAUUCACAAACGAACAGCAACGAAGGCUGCCCUUCAGUCUCUAGUUGGAAAACUGAUCUUUAUUUCCAAGUGUGUGCGUCAGAGUCGCAUCUUUAUCGCCCGUAUUCUCAUUCUUCUACGUAAGGUUCUUUUCAAUCAUCAUCAUGUCAACUUGACCGCGGAAUUUCGCAAGGAUAUCGCGUGGUGGCGCCGUUUUCUCAGAGCUUAUAAUGGCGUCUCAAUGAUUUCUACAGCACAAUGGUCCUCUCCGGGCGAAGUGUUUACUACCGACGCCUGUUUGACGGGCUGCGGAGGACUCUGUGGCGACCAAUAUUUUCAUGCAGCUUUUCCGUCGUUCGUUGUUCAACAAACUCUUGACAUUAAUUGCCUUGAACUGUUGACCAUCAUUGUCGCCUUGAAGUUAUGGGGUUUGCGGUGGUCCGGUUUACGUUUAACAGUGCGUUGCGAUAACGAGGUGGCCGUGACUGUACUCAAUACUGGACGGUGCCGGAACUCUUUCCUAAACUCAUGUUUGCGCGAACUUUGUUAUCUUGCCGCUAUUCACGAAUUCGAAAUUCGUGCUGUUCACGUUCCUGGUGUCUCAAAUUGCUAUGCCGACAUUCUUUCGCGCUGGGACUCGAACACCCUUGCGGGAAGAACUGAAUUUUUAGCCCACGCGCAACACGUCAAUUUACAAGCUGUACCUGUCCCUGAUGAUAUGUUUCAAUUUGACAAUGAUUUCUGA